UUCCAUUAAAAAAAAAUAAUAACAAAUUUUCACCUUCAGAAAAAAAAAACAUCAUUUCAAUUUCAAGCCAAAUUUACUGUUAUGAACUGAGAAUAUGAGCAGAAAUGCAUCAAGCCCAAGUAAUCUAGGACUAACUCCGAAUUCAAAUGGAAAUACAGCCGGUCUUAUGGAUAAGGAUUCAGAAAAGUAUUGCUGGGUUUGCUUUGCCACAGAAGAAGAGGACCGAGAGGCUGCAUGGGUAAAACCAUGUAAGUGUCGAGGAACUACAAAAUGGGUACAUCAAAGUUGUCUACAACGAUGGGUAGAUGAAAAGCAGAAAGGGGGAAAUAUGGGUAAAGUUUUGUGCCCCCAGUGUCAGACAGAGUAUAUUAUAAUUUUUCCAAAUAUGGGCACUGUAGUACAUAUUCUCGACGCAACCGAUAAAUUUAUUAAUCAAUCAUGCCCUUUUAUCGCGGCAGGAAUUGUUGUUACGGGAUUGUAUUGGUGCUCAGUGACUUAUGGAGCCAUUACAGUUAUGCAGGUUAUAGGUCAAAAAGAAGCUCUAGCAAUAAUGGGAGAAGCAGACCCAUUGAUAUUGCUUGUAGGACUUCCAGCCAUUCCAAUAGCGUUAGUUAUGGGAAAAUUGAUCCGUUGGGAAGAGGCAGUACUUUAUUUUAUGAGAAAAUUUUUCAAUAAAAUACCCCUUAUUCGAAGAAUUCCGCUUUUUAGAAUUGAUAUAGAAAGAACUACUCUCCCAGCAUCGAGCUUGGAGAACAAUCUUCCACCAAUUAGUAUAAAUGGCCCAAUUUCCACCACUAGAGUGCUUUGUGGAGCAUUAAUACUUCCAACCAUAGCAUCAGUUAUUGGAAAAAACUUAUUUGAUUCCAUAAAAUCCAACUUUCACAAGACGUUAUUGGGAGGGCUCGUAUUUAUAACCUUUAAAGGUUGUUUGAAAAUUUUUCAUAAACACCAAAACUACAUCAAAAGAUGUUAUCGACAAAUUUUAGACUAUACCGAAUCAAAUAUUUCGGCAUACGUGAGGGACAAUUCAGAAAAUCGAUAGGUUUG